UCAUCCGUUCCGUUUCGUUCGAUCGAUCGAUCGUUCGUACCGCCACGCGAAGUGGAGCGUCUCGCCUCGAGCGCCGCGACGACCGAGCAUUCAGCGAGAAGGAGGAGGAGGACGUGGGGAGGGCGAGGAGGAGGAUCGUGACGACGAGGAGGGAAGGUCAGAGCUCAAGCCAACGUGUCCACUACGCGUUUAUAUAGAAGAGGGCACCGUUUAUUCAUCACCCAUUAGACCGGGACAUUUCGUUUUCGACUGACACGCGGGAACGAAUUUCUGACACUCUGGCCGGAUUUCACGAUACCCGAUCGUUCGAUAUUAACACCGUGGAGAUAUACAGGCAAUCGGAACCAUGUUGACAGACUGGGAGGUAAUGCCGUCCAUUCAGCUCGGUGAUUUCACCCUCGAGUUCGAGCUGGCAGCACCUAGCGCCGAGCUGCAGGAAGUCGCGAAAAAGGAGCUGCGCGAGUCGCCUGAACUUCAGAAAGAAUCUAUCGCACGAUUUAAGGAAUUACUGAAAGCGGAGAGAGAUCUGAAGAUACCUUUGGAGAACGAGGCCUGGCUGAUCCGAUUCCUCAGGCCGUGCAAAUACUACCCAGAGUCAGCGCUGAAGUUGGUCAAGAAUUACUACAACUUCAAAGAGAAACACUCGAACGUGUACAAGGAUUUGAAGCCUAGCAGAGAGAAAAAUAUCUUCGAACAGAAUAUUCUGCAAGUGUUGCCAAACCGAGAUCAACAUGGACGAAGGAUAUUGAUCAUUGAAUUGGGGAAAAAAUGGAAGCACAAUAAGUGUAACUUAGACGAGGUGUUCAAAGGUUGUGUGCUCUAUCUAGAGGCCGCCAUGUUGGAACCAGCUACUCAGAUCGCAGGUGCUAUCGUGAUCUUCGACAUGGACGGACUCAGUCUUCAGCAAACUUGGCAAUUCACGCCGCCGUUUGCUAAAAGAAUAGUGGACUGGCUGCAGGACGCUGUGCCACUCAGAGUGAAGAACAUACAUAUCGUUAAUCAACCGUACGUGUUCAACAUGGUGUUCGCGUUGUUCAAACCGUUCCUUAGGGAGAAAUUGAAGAGUAGGAUCAUCUUCCAUGGCACAGAUCGCAAAUCGUUGCACCAGUACAUUUCACCGAAAUGUCUGCCGGCGUGUUACGGAGGAACUCUGCAGCUUGAACGCGUAACAGGACCGCAAUGGUUGUCGUUGUUAUUAAUGUGCGACAAAGAAUACGAUGCGAUCAACUCGUACGGUUUCAAGAAAUAAUUCGUCCACUUCGAUGUGCCUUCAAGGAUGGACAAAGAAGAACGAUCGUUCUGUCGAGGAUCGAUGCUAAGGAACGAUUUUCGAGGAACGAUGUCGGCUGUGGGUUGUUUCGUCGGUAUUACGACUCAAGUUCGGUGUAUAACUUAUUUAUGGACGAAUAAUCUCUAGUUGACUUUCUACGAUAUUAACGAUAUUUUUUGUAAGAAGCAUGGAAAGAAGUGAAAAAUGUUACAGUCUGUUGCACAGAUCAAUCGGUCUGGAUCACCAUAAGAAAAAGUAAUUGAAUUACCUUGUUAGGUAUCCUUGUUUCUUAGAUAUUAAGAGAAUUUUUUCACUAUUUUCCGAAAGCAACGCACCACGAGAGAAAAAGGAUCGUGGAGAGUGUAAUAAAUCUUGCUUGAUAAUGUUGUUCAAAUUGUACUGUUUGAUUUCAAAUUUACACGUAAUUUAAGAUUCCUAUGGUAUUGUCGAUUAAUUAGUUAAUUUACUACGAAAAUGAAUCAGUUCGUGGAACGAAAAUUAAAAGGGUGUGUAA